AUGAAAAAGAAAGAUGAGAUAGAAGCUGAACUCUUACUACAAUCUCAAAUAUUAGAAGCUAAUGCUAAAAUAGGUAUGGAUAGACCUCUAGUUGAUAGAGAAGGUUUUCCAAGAGAUGAUAUUGAUAUAUAUGCUGUAAGAAAAGCUAGAAAUAGGAUUAUCUGUCUUUGUAAUGAUCACAAGGAUAUUAUGAAACUCAUUGAGCAACAGUUACAUGUAAUACAUGCUGAAGCUAGAGAGAAGGGAUAUGUAUCUACUACACACAGAUCAGAAGAGGAAAAUAAAGUAGAAACAUUUGCUCGUAUUACAAUGAUAUCUGAAGGAUCUCCAGCUAGUAUUGCAGGUUUAAAAGUUGGUGAUUCUUUGGUGGAGUUUGGUUCAGUAACAGCUGGUAAUUUUACUGGUCUACCUAAUAUUGCAGAGAUAGUGCAACACAGCGAGGGACGUCCAGUAAGAGUAGUUGUCUUGAGAGAUGAGAAGUCACUUGUUCUUAGUCUCACACCACAGAGGUGGGCUGGAAGAGGUCUAUUGGGAUAA